UGUCAGGGUCUGGAUGGGGGUCGGGGUCUGUCAGUCAGUAGAGUGAAGACACCUCUAAGUUUAGACUUCUACUGGCAGCUUCAUUCACUCCCCCACUCCGGCCCAGAGCCACUGCUGUCUGCUCCAGCCUCUCGGCUUAAGAGGACGGUGUCACCAUGGCCUCACCAAGUGACAACAACACAGAGGAGGAUCAGAAGGUUCCGGAUGAAGAUGAAACUCCUGUGGUGAAAGACAUCCAAGCCCAUUACCUACGCUGCCCUUCUCCAAGUUUCUCCAUGAUGUCAGACCGUUUCUCAACCAUAUCUGACCGGUUCUCCAUGAUCUCUGGGUCAGAUGCUGAGAGCAUUUUCAUGGAACCCAUUCACCUCUCCUCAGCUAUCGCUGCCAAAAAGAUCAUAAAUGAAGAACUGAAGCCCAAAGAUCUAAAAAGGGCCUCAACCCCAGAGAGCAUGCUGGAGUCAGCAGAGCAACUGAUGGUGGAGGACCUGUACAAUCGAGUAAAGGAUAUGAUAGAUGAUCGCAGCCUCUUUAACACUCCCUGUGUGAUGGACAUCCAAAGAGCUCUGGUUCAGGAUCGACUGGAGGCCCCACUGAACCCAGUGGAUGAGGUCUGGCCCAACAUCUUCAUUGGAGAAAAAUCAGUAGCAGUCAACAAAGCUCGUCUGAAGCGCCUUGGAAUCACUCACAUCUUAAACGCAGGCCAUGGGACUGGGGUCUACACAGGCAACAACUUCUACCAGGGAUUAAACAUCACUUACAUGGGCAUCGAGGUUGACGACUUCCCUGAUGCUGACAUCUCUCCACACUUCCGAACAUGUGCUGAGUUUCUUGAUGAGGCUUUGCUGACUCAUAGGGGGAAAGUGCUGGUGGACUCCAUGAUGGGAGUAAGCCGCUCAGCAGUGUUGGUUGCUGCUUACUUAAUGAUCUUUCAUAACAUGUCCAUCAUGGAAGCACUGAUGGAAAUCAGAAAGAAACGAGCAAUCAACCCCAAUGAGGGCUUCAUAAAGCAGCUGCGUCAGCUCAAUGAAACCUUGAUGGAGGAACGAGAUGAAGAUGACGACGAUACUCUCAGUCAGUGCUCCGUUAUUGACGCUCUGGCUCGCCUAGAAGAAGAAAGCGUGUUUGGAGUCAAAGCGAAUUCCAUCAUGGUGGACGAGGAGGAGGACACUGGCAGUGUUAUGAGUAGUGUCGCCUCAUCUGCUGCUGCCGCUGCUCUGAAGGCAGGCAUUCUUGGUGGACCAAAUGGACCUGACCAGAGGGCAACUGCAAAGGAUCCUUCACUCCCUGGGAAAGAUGGCGAGUGUGAAGAUGAUGACGUGGACAAAAUGAUUCAGGAGUGGCAGAAGAGGAACGAGAAGUAUCAGAACGAAGAUUGGUGGGAGGCCCAGUUGUUGUGUGAGGAUGGGGAUAACGAGUCUCUUGCAGAGGUCGGAAAGUCUCCUGGUCCUCAGCCUGAUGAUCUGGAGAGUGUGACCAGUGAGGAUGUGCAGAUGCUGAAAGAUCGUAUCAAGCGCCGGCCUCGUCGACCGCCCAGUGACUCUGUGUCCACCACAAGCUGCAGCAGUUAUGCAGAUCUGUGGAAGCAACGUCUCAAGGAGAUUGAGGAACAGGCAGCUGCAAGGUAUCGCAUCAAGGAACGAGAUGAGGACACAUGUAGUGAAGCAAGCCAGAGGAAGAUAGAUGAUGAUCUAGAGAGUAUACUCUCUGACUCAAGCUCCAUGUACAACUUCUGCCAGAAAAACAAGGAAAACCUGACCCCUCUGGAGCGAUGGAGGAUCAAGAGAUUACAGUUUGGGUGGAACAAAAAAGAAGCAGAGGCAGAUGGCAAGAGUGGGGAACAGAAGGAAGGUGAGGCGGAGACCCCUGUUCCAUCUUUAGAGGAUGUCAACAUUACAGCUUAUCAGACUUGGAAGCUGAAGCAACAGAAAAAAUAUGGUGGUGAGGCGAACAAGGACGAGAUUCUGGAGAUGAGUCGCGGAGAGGACUCCGCCACCGCCAAGAGAAGGCAGCGAAGAGAGGAACUUUUGGAGCGCUCCAGGAAAACUCUAGAAGAGAGUCAAUCGGUGUGUGGCUGGGAAACUGAAAGCUCUGUCAGUAGCAUUCCACUAUCUGCUUUCUGUGCAGGGGCUUUUCCUUCUGCAAGUGUUGCAGGAGACGAUAAUAUGUCUGUCUUGAGUGGCAGGUCAUCCGUCCUUUCAGGCCGUAGCACACGCUCCCAAGUCCCUGUCCCUCCUGCCCCACCUGAACCACCUGUUCCAGUGCUGGGACCCAACGGAGAACAAAUGGUUAACAUCGCAAACAUCCAAAACUGGAUUGCCAACGUAGUCAAUGAGACCCUCAUGCAAAAGCAAGCUGAAAUGGGGAUGACGGGAAGUCUCCCUCCGUCUCGGGCAGGAUCGGUUUUCAGUCUGGGUGCUGGUUCAGCUGUAGGACAUGGGGUGGAUGAUGACAAGUCCUCAGUUCUCAGUGGAUCAUCCUACUCCAGCGCGUUACCCCGUUACCCCAACAGAGCUGAAUCUGUGCUUUCUGCUGGCAGCAGGUCAGCAUCUGUACUAUCUGCAGGUGUAAGAGCGAACUCUGUUCUAUCCGCUGGUGGAGCGUCCAAUCUCUCCUCAGUUUCUAGGUUAGGCUCCCGGAGAAGCAAAAUCACUACCACCAGUGUACCUCUGUACAGCUUAUUCCAGGACCAGGUAAACCUGCACAAACUUGAUACAAUGGAAAAAGAAAUCAAGUCUGACAUGAGAGAAAAAAUGGCUUCUUAUGAGCUCAAGAAGAUUACAGAAGACAACAAGCGCAGUACAUUAUACAAGAAGAAAAAGCAAAAGGAUGAGGAUGAGGACGAGGAUAAGGAGGGGGACAGCAGCCUUGGAAAGUCACUUGGAUUUAACAUUGAUGGUCCUCCUGAAAAACCAAAACCCAAAAGAGAUUUUGGUCGCUCAGGAAUCCUCAACCUCCCUGCCUCGGCAAACCCCGACUGCAGUGUUGAUGAAUGGCUCCAAAAUGUAAGACCCCCUUCAGGCAAGCCAAGCAGGUUUUCUGAUGAUACAGCAGAACCUCGCAUGUCCAGGCCAACAUAUGAAGAACCCCAAGAUAUUCCAGAGUUCGACUUUUCAAGUCGCAGAAGCUCAAUCGCAGCACAGGAAGGCGACGAGGAGGACUACAGCUUUACCUCCCGGUAUGAAAGUUACAGAGACCAUAGCAGAGAUCCCAGUCCAGAAUUUAGCAGCCAGCCAAGGAGGAUGCAGCUUGGAGCAGAGGCCUCUUGGAAUGGAGCUUCAGAGUCUAGUUAUUACAGAACUGGGAGACAUCUUGGUAGAUAUGAAACAGAAGAAGAGGACAGUUACCAGGAGUACACAGCAAAGCGCAAGUUUACUCAUUCAUCACGAUUUGAAGACAGUGAGUCAACAAGAACGACCAGGACAAGCCAGAAUGAUGAAGAAGAUGAGGAGGUAUCUGCUUUUAUUAAUCAGAUAAGACAGCGGGCGAGAGCACGAGUAGCUGAGGAGUUAGAAGAUGACGAAAUCCUCUCUGCAUGGAGGAAACAAAAGGAAGACAAAUCCAAUAAUAGUAAUGACUCCUAACAAGACCCUUAUUUAUUUAUUUGUUGUGGGACUGAAUACAAAAGCACAAAUUUCACAAUUUUACUGCAGGCCUUUUAAUUCAAAUUAGAUCCUAAUGCUUAGGUUUCCAAUAGUACAGUAGGGACUUGAAACACGGACAUAACAUUUUCAUAUCAAGUGAUUUGUUUGGACAAUACUUUACAGUUUUUUUCUUCUGUCAUUAUGAACCAAGCGCCUGCCACCAUUAACAGUCCACCUCCACUAUACCUAAUAUGUAACAUUUUACUACAAAAAUAUUAAACAAUGUUAAAAGACAUGUUUAAACUCAACACUGAAACCACAUAGAUUUUUUGUACUGUAUUUAGUUCAAGUCCUCUUUCUUGUAUACCAUUUUGCUAUUGACUGCAUGUGUACCUGAAACAAUCGCUUUAAAAACUUAAAAAUGAUUAUAGUGAUUCUGUUUCUGUAGUUUUUGAUGACAAAAACAACACAGUAAACAAAACCAAUGCA